AUGGUUGAUUUUGCCGUGGCCAUAGAGGAUUGUAGACUAAUGGACCCAGGCUUUGACGGGGCAGAAUACACCUGGGCUAAGAAUGGCCUUAUGGGAGUGUCGAACAACCACGAGGGUGGCAGAGCCUUCCGGUUCCAAAACAUGUGGGUACCGCAUGAGGGCUUUGCCGAGUUGGUACGAGAAGAUUGGAUGGCUCCCACGGAAGCCGAGGGCCUUCUCAACUUGAAGAUCAAGCUAGCAAGGAUUAAAAGAACGUUCAAACGGUGGAACAAAGAGAUCUUCGGGAAUAUUCACGCCAACCUCAAAACUUGUGAAGAGAACAUUGCCGUGGCUCAAUCUAAGUUUGAAGGAAACCCCUCGGCCCAGAAUAGAAUGGAGGACAAUAAACAAAUAGCCGAGUACAUCCUCCUUCUCAAGAUGGAGGAAGACUUUUGGCGUCAGAAAGCGGCUCUGCGAUGGCUGGACGAAGGGGACAAAAACACUAGAUUCUACCAAAUUUGGCUGAAGCAAAAGAGGAUUCGUUUACGAAUUCACAAGAUUAACUCCAAUGGGAGGGAACUUACGGAUGAAACGGAAAUCAAAGAAUUGGCGGUUGAGUUCUUCCAAAAUCUCCUUGCUCCAACCUACCCGGAGCUCGCUGAUCCGAACCUUAGCCUCUUGCAAUAA